AUGCAAAGCGGUGUAGUGCACGACACGUGGUCGCCGUCGGAAGCGGCAAAAUCCUCCACGUGGAGAGAAUUGUGUGCUGUUUAUAGAAGAUACGGAAGUGAAGUUGAUGGCUUGCCAGAGGUCUUGGCGGAGAAGAGGACGACGUUCACAUCCGACCAGGCGCUGAAGCUAAAGCUCGAGUACGCGCGCACCGACUACGUCAGCCGACACCGACGGUUCAAGUUGGCGGCAACGCUGCAGCUGACGGAGAGUCAGAUAAAAUUCUGGUUCCAGAAACGGCGGGCAAAAGACAAGCGGAUCGAGAAGGCCCAGAACGACCACACUCUGAGGUAA